GUAAAGGGUAAAGGAUACUUUCACUCGUUUAUCUGAGUCGAGCUGGGUAGGAGUUUUAAUUUUUAGUAGGGAGUAUUUGUAGCAGUCAAUUGAUUGACACCAAAGGAACGAAUUGCGCAUAGUUUAUGUACUGUGAAGUUUACUUGGUGUAUUCUAAACAGUUUUAAAAUAAGUGUUUGAGGCUACAAUAUCGCAAAUGAAAAGAAGGAAAACUGGAAUAUUGUGAUAUAAUUAUAAGUAAAACAUGAAGUAGGCAAACGGACAGUGCAAAGACGAGUUGACGUCUGUUUCCAGUACGACGAGUUAUGCUAAACUGUUAACUGUUACUAGUGUUAGUACUACUAAUAGUAUUAGUAGUACUAGUGUUCCUUGACUUUGGUGUGGAAUUGUACUUUCAAAAUGGAUGGAGAAUUUGGAUCACUGAAAGUUGGAAUGAAUGUUGAUAUUCAGCGGUCAGAUGGUCGUGUGCAUUCGGCAGUUAUUAGUGGCUUCAAAGCAAAGACUGGAACGGUUACUGUAGAAUGGUUCGAAGAUGGAGAAACAAAAGGGAAAGAGGUUGAUUAUGAUACACUUUUAAACCUCAAUCCAUCAAUAGCAGAAGCACCUCGUAAUAUCAGCAGAAAGUUGCCUCCUAGACCUCAGACUUUACAGAACAAAGGAUCCUCUUUCAACAAUUCGAAAAGUCCCACUCAGAAUGGGUAUUCGGAUAACAAUCACACAACUUUGCCUCCUCUCAACAACAAUUCAGUUGUGUCAGCCUCACCAACAAUAACUCCUCCAGCUGCUCCACUUCAACCAAUAACCAAGAGUGGUACACUGACAGCUUCUAGAAGACGAUCCAAUGUAGUGAAAGAAGUGGACAAGAUUAAAAAACAGAGAGAAGAAAGACGAGCUCGACAAGCAGAACAGAAAGCAGAGAAAUAUGAUUUAAUGGGACAGGAUCGUACGCAUCCUAACUGGGAAUUUAUAGGAAUGAUCAGAGAAUACAGAGCUCAAUUAGAAUUUAAACCAAUCACUACUGAUGACCCAGUAUACAACCAGUUGAUUUGUGUGGCAGUCAGGAAGAGGCCCUUAAAUAAAAAAGAAUUAGGAAAGAGAGAAGUGGAUGUAGUUACCGUUCCUAACAAGGAGCUCAUUGCUGUGCAUGAGCCGAAGUUAAAGGUGGAUCUCACGAAGUAUUUGGAAAAUCAGCAUUUUCGCUUUGACUAUGCUUUUGAUGAGAAUUCAGAUAAUGAAAUAGUGUACAGGUUUACUACUAAACCUUUGGUGCAAACAAUAUUUGAUGGAGGAAUGGCUACUUGUUUUGCUUAUGGUCAGACAGGAAGUGGAAAAACACAUACAAUGGGUGGAGAUUUUCAUGGGAAAUCACAAGAUUGUCAUAAAGGAAUUUAUGCUUUAGCAACCAAAGAUGUGUUUAGGCUUCUAAAGUCUGCCAAGUUUCGAGACGAGGAUCUUAUGGUGACAUGCAGCUUCUUUGAAAUAUACAGUGGAAAGGUAUUUGACUUACUUAAUAAUAAAUCCAAACUACGAGUGCUAGAAGAUGGGAAGCAACAAGUACAGGUGGUAGGCUUGCAAGAGAAGAAAGCAGGGUCUGUGGAAGAUAUUUUGAACCUGAUUCAACGUGGAAAUAGUGUUCGUACAUCAGGUCAGACCUCAGCCAAUCAACACUCUUCUCGAUCACAUGCUGUUUUCCAGAUUAAUUUGAAGUUCAGAACUUCAGGAAGACUUCAUGGAAAAUUGUCUUUGAUUGACCUAGCUGGAAAUGAACGUGGAGCAGACACUUCAAGUUCAAACAGACAGACGAGAAUGGAAGGAGCAGAAAUCAACAAGAGUUUGCUAGCACUAAAGGAAUGCAUUCGAGCGUUAGGUCGUCGAGGAACUCAUCUACCUUUCCGAGCAAGUAAAUUAACUCAGGUACUGAGGGAUUCUUUUAUCGGUGAAAACUCUCGAACAUGUAUGAUAGCCAUGAUAUCCCCUGGGAUGAGCUCAUGUGACCAUUCUCUCAAUACUCUACGAUAUGCUGACAGAGUCAAAGAAUUGGGGGUUGAUAAUGCAGACUCAUCUCCUAAUGGAGAACAGGAAAUUUCUUCUCCCGGUGAUGAUGAUUUUGCUCUACUUCGUUCUAGAAAUAAAGAGGAACUGUCAGAUAACCUGAUGUCUUUUCACACAGCUGUAUCUUUUCUCCAAAGAUUGGAAGAUGAAGUUUUGGACACACACAAGAAUAUUACUGAGUCAUCUGACAAAUGGUUACAAAAAGAUAAAGACCUGCUUACAAUGGCAAAUGAAGUAGAUUAUGAUGUAGAUGCAUAUGCACAACAAUUAGAAGAGUUACUUGCAGAAAAAGUGGACAGGUUAUCAAAGUUCAAAGAAAAAGUAAAGUCCUUUCGGCAACAGCUUACUGAGGAAGAAAAGAUUAGUAGGACAAUAACUGAAGACCUGAAAAAGUAUGUGAAGCAAUGAGCAGUCAGUUAUUCACAUGGUUAAAGAGAGAGAGAGAGAAAUAUUUAGCACUACAGACAAAUAAUGAUUUGUUUCAUACCAGUAUUACUACUUGUUAACAUUGUUUGCAUAUGUAUUUUCUGCUCACUGCAUUUUUGUCUCUGUGUAAGAACUAGAUGUAUGAAAACAUUUUUUGUAAAAUUUUAAUAUUUGUGAACUACUGUAGUUGCUAUGUAUGAUGUUUACAUCUCUGUUGGCUCUGUGUUAAAUGUUCUCAUUCUAUAAUAUUCAGUAAACAGUGGAAGAAUGGAUGUAUAUCUCAGCACAUACUGUUUAAAGUCAAAAUAUUGCUCAGUCGUAAUAUGAUUAAAUGUUUAAAAAAUUCUAACUUGUUUGCUUCAAAUUACAUUGAAGUAACUAUUAAAGAAGACAUAAUAACCAAUAUUGUUCUUUUCUUAGACAUUUGACUUGCAAUAUACAUCAAUAUCAAAUGAAUCAAUAGAAGAUUUAUCGUUUUCAGCACCUGUUGACAGUAGGUAACAGAACGAAAAAGUAAUGUGUGACUGAAAUUGAAUGUAGGUAACUUGGUUUCAGAAUUAAAAGUUAACUGUAUAGUAAUAUCUUUUGGAUAAUAUAUUUUAUAGGCAGAUUGUCACAAAAUUUAGAAUCUUUUCAAUUUUUGUAAAGUGUAUAAACUCUUCUCUCAGUUGUUUUUUUUUAAACUAUUUACAAAAGUUCAGCAAGUUUUUGUGUAUGAAUUAUUCACUAUUUUUAUGAUAUAUCUAUUUUUAAUAUUAAAGUGAAAAAUAUCUGUUGAUAUCGUUAUGAUAUCUAUGAAUAUAUUUUGAAAACUUUUUUUUUUUGAAAAGGUACAGUUCAGUGACGUUUUCUAAAAUACUGUGAAAAUGGAUAAAAAGUGCUUAGAUUGGCACAAGGUAUGAUGGUGUCUUUUAGUUUAGUGAAUUUUGUAGAGAAAUGAGGUUGUUACCAAGGGAGAUAUAGCUUAUUGGGUACAGACUUACUAAGUCUGGUGACAGUAUAGUUUAUUUUUUGAUGAACUAUCUCUCACCAUGGUUUUAAAAAAUAUAGCAAAUACACAUGAAAUAGAAGAAGAAGAAGAACCUCAUACAAGUGUAAAAUAUGGCAGCUUUUUUUCUGUUCAACACAGCCCAGUGUUUAGCAUGCCAGACUGUGAAGCUGAGAUUCUGUUGUUUGCAUCCCAUUACUGCGGAAAACAAAAUCGUACUCUGCACUUUAGAGCCAGGAGUGCGCUAUAAGAAUGACAGUCAAAACCUACUUUUCUGUCAAACAGGAGUAGCUCAACAGUUGAUGGUGGGCGAGGUUGACUCUGCCUUCCCUCAAAAUUAGAAAUGGCCAGCACAGAUAGCCAUCAUAUAGCUUUGUGCAAAUUCCAAGAAAUAACUUUUAGUUAAACUAAACCCAUUUUCUGUUGCCAUAUGUAUAUAUGUAUACAUUAAGAUUGAAAUUAUAAGCUUUUUGUGAAAGCUCUUGUAUACACAAACACACCACAUGUACAGUCACACACAUUAUAAUUAUCAUGAUGUACUAGUAGACAGAAACAAAGUUUUAUUUUAUUAUGUAGAGAUCUGAGAUCUUGGAGAUGGACCAGUACUCUUUAGAAACACCCUACUGACAGACAGUUUAAAACUGUUAUGGUAUUAUCCUAGGGGACAUUUCAAAAUUCAUUAUUUAUUUUAUAGCAAAGAACCUGUUUUUACUGUUAUAAUCACUGACAAGACUUAGUUUAUCUAAGUUGACAACAGUUGUAUAUGUACUUUUGAGAUGUCUGUAACAUAAGGUUAGAGUUGUGAUAUUACUUUUAUUAAAACUUUUUAUUUGCUUAGUUAAUAAACGAAAUUAUUUAAUAGUCACAAUAUUUAUUCCAUUUAGUCCAGUAUUAAAUCAUUGGAGUCCAUAUAGAAGUUCAAAUAUUUCAUUUUUGUUGUUUUUUUGUUGUAUUUAUUGAAUUCUUGUUGACAAAAGAGACCUGCGGCAAAGCUUAAGGCUCAAGCUGAAAGAAAAUAUAAAAUAUUUUGUGGUAUUUCAUAAGGGAGCUAUUAUAGAGUAUGAAAACGAAAUCUCUUAUCUGAAUACAAAAGAAAUAAAAAGAUAUUCAAAUUAGUCUGUGUGCAGGCACUGAUUUAUCAGCAAAAAAAAAUCUGUUUCUACUGUAGCUUUACUCUGUUAGGUAGUUUUUCUGUGUUAUGUGUAUUUCUGUUUAUUUGUCUUUUUAUUUACACAAAGUACUUCAUUAUUUUAGUAUUUGUUUUCAUUAGAACAUACUAUAACCUUUAUCUUUUGAAUUAAAAAAAAGGGUAAUUUAUAUUAUUUUAUGUAUUUGUAAAUUUCCGUUGUUCACAAUCGUAAAGAUGUUAGAUAAUUGUGAUAAAAGUCAAACCGAGUAGGCCAGUUUGUCUUUGUAUACAGGGUGAACCGAAAGUUUUAAUGAGUUGCAAGGACCUACACAUCAAUACGUUGUGUGCAGGAUAACAUAUAAUUUGUGGCAUCAAAGCUUGUAGGUCCCGGGAAAGUAACUUUUGGACCUCCCCGUAAGUCUAGUAUUGUGAUAUUGUUUGCUUCGUACACAAAAUAAUUACAAUUCUUAGUUAUAUACAGCAUUUUCAUAUAUACAGAAAGUUCAGUUUACUUAGACUUGAGUUACAUUUUAGCUUCAUGUUUUUCUAAUUUUAUACAUUAUUUAACAAUGGUUGUUCAUGGUUGAACAAUGGUUUAACAAUGGUUGUUCAUAAAUGUGUGAAGUCAAAGGAAAAAUAAAUUAUUGUUGUUCUGUUGUAUUAAACAACAAAACAAAAAAGAAAAUUAAAAAGUUAGAUAUUAUUGACCCAAGUUCUCAAACUUCUACUUAGCUGUACAAGAUUUCAUGUAAGCCUGUUUGUGAUACUGGGAAUAUCGUUUGAUGAUCUUAAGUUACAAUGUGUUUUUAUUUAAUUCAUAAAACUUGUUUGUUUUGUUUAAGUAAUCAUGUAAAUAGAUAAGUCUCCAAUUUGUUAAAUGUUUCAAUAGUUACCAUAGACCACUGUAUAUUUAGCUAUAAGGGAAUUCAGUAAAAAAAAAAAAAGUAUAGAUAUGAGUUAAUGACCUUAUGACCUCUGAGUUCCAUUGAAUAGUUAUUGAAAAAAGAUAAAAACAAGUUUUCUAGUUUAAGGCAUAAAAAUAUUUAUUGUAUGUUUUGUAAGUCUUAUAGCAUUAUCUACCUGUAUGUGCAUUUUUAAUGUUAUUGGUAUGCAAAUAGUGUAUUGGCCAUUUUAAAUGAGCUAAAAUAUUUACAAUUUAAAGAUGAUUUGAAUAGGCAGUACAUUAUAUAUAUAUAUAUAUAUAUAUAUAAUAAACAAGUGUAUAUAUAUACAUAGUAAAAUGUAGAUAUAACCAGCAGAUGGUACUCAUUGUCUUUAUAUAAUUCAAUAUUUUUUAUUAAUCUCGCAAAAGCACCCACUCUGUUAACACACACACACAGUACUACAGAAAGGAGAAGGAUGGAAAUGGACAUGAUGCUAGUAUCUAGAGAGAACUGAUAACUUAAGUUAUGGAAAAGCAGUAACUGAUUACCUUGUAUCUUCUUUGUAGACUUUAGCCUCUCUAGUAAACGUUACAUAUACUUUAGUGUAGUAGAUUUUAUAGUCACUGCUACCACUUGUAUGUGGCACGUGUUUCUUCUUUGAAUAAAUUAGUACAGUGAGUAAGAUGUUGAAAUUUGGGUCUUAACACCGUGACGCUUCAAAUAUUGUGCUGUUUCUUUAAAAGCCUUCUAUGGCUGGUAUCAUUGUAACAAAAUGUAGUGUAAUAAUUAUCAAUAAAGAUGGAAAAAAAAAUUUAA